AUGGCUACUGAUAAGUACAUAUCCUUGUAUGGUUUGUUAGCUUCAUACUUGCUAGUUUUCGUUGGCCACUUUAAGCUCAGCUUUUGCUUCAGUUCCAAAAAUUUUAACCUGUCUGGGAGGGAUGGUAUCCACUGGUCAUCUGCCGGAGCUACUUGGUAUGGUAGCCCUGACGGUGCUGGAAGUGACGGAGGUUCUUGCGGAUAUGGGAAUGCAGUUUCAGAACCUCCUUUCUCUUCUUUGGUUACCGGAAUAGGUCCAUCUCUCUACAAGUCGGGCAAGGAAUGUGGAGCCUGUUACCAGGUCAAAUGUACCAAGCAUCCCUCCUGCUCUGGAAAACCAGUUAGAGUGGUGAUAACAGAUUUUUGCCCAGGAGGUCUCUGUGCAUCUGAUUCUGCUCAUUUUGAUCUUAGUUUUACCGCUUUCGGUGCCAUGGCAAUUUCCAGUGAAGAAGACACUCUUCGCGAUGCUGGAAUCCUGGAAAUUCGAUAUGCAAGGGUUGCAUGUGAUUAUUCAGGAAAAACCAUAGCCUUCCAUGUUGAUCAAGGAUCAAAUCCUAACUACUUUGCUGUCCUAAUAGAGUUUGAAGAGGGAGAUGGUGAUCUUGCUAGCGUUUAUCUGAAGGAAGCCUCAUCGGAUGAAUGGAGGCCAAUGCAACAAUCGUGGGGUGCAAUUUGGAAGCUUGAUGCAGGAGUAGCAUUGCGUCCCCCAUUUUCUAUCCAAUUGACCUCACGAUAUUCAGGCGAAACGCUAGCGGCAAAGGAUGUGAUUCCUGAUGGAUGGAAGCCCGGCUCAAUGUAUAAAUCAGUGGUUAAUUUCCCCUAA